AUUAACAAACUCGUGAUGUCAGGAGGAGUGGGAGAGAAACAGACAGUACAAGAGAAAUAUACGUGUAUGUCGCAGGAUUUGUGGACUGUAUAGAUAUGACAGAGUCAUAUGAUGGAGUUAACGCGUGAAAUAAGCGCUGGACAUGAUUCAAGGAGAUUGUGGAUGAUCGCAGGUCCGAACUGAAAGUGCUUCCUAUUACAGAUCGACAUUUCAGCAAACAUGACGAUGCUCGCACUGGAACAAGUGACUGAUUUCGGAGAUUUUACGAAAGGAAAGGAUCUAAAGGAGUUUUUUAAACGAGAAUACUCCAACAUCUCUACUCAAAACUGUCUGUCCGAAGUGCGUCUGAGUCCAGAUGGACGUCACAUUCAUGUCAUUGUGCGUCAGCCCAAGAGUGGUCUUAUGACAUAUGACAAAUAUCAGCGAGCCCAUUUAAUGCAAUGCCAAAAGCACGUUGAUUUAGUGCUAACUCGAAAUGUUCCUAUAGUGGAUGUUAUUUAUAUCCCUCUAAGCAAACCAGAUGAUACAGCCCCUGUGUUGGGAGUGAUUUUUGAGAAUGGAAAAGUAGAAUUCUGGAAAUUCCUUGAGAGCAGAUCAGGCUGGCAUCUACUCCAGACUGUGGAUCUGUGUAACAGCCCUCGUGCAAAAGUAGUUUCUGUGUCUGUGUGUCAAAAUUUCAUCAUAUGGUGUGAGGAGCGACCACCAUCUGAGAACUCCAGUAGUGUGUGCAGCAGCUUCCGGUUCUGUAUCUGCAAAAAGACAGUUGAAGUUAAUGAGGGAGGUGUCAGUUUGGGAAAUGUGAAAAUUGCAUUGCAUAAUAAUCCUCGAUAUACGACCAUCAGUUCUGGCGAUUUGGUCUAUCUGCUCCCAGACAUGCGGGAAAACUCUUCAUUGGAUGUUUCGAAAGUGUUUCUUGUAUGGUCACCUGAACAUGACACCUUUAAAGUGCACAGUGCCUGUAGUUGCACACUUAUGAAAAGCUCAAGCAAAGAAUCAGACUUCAAAAGGCUUGUUACAGACUUCAUUGGCCUCCUACCCACACUAAAUCCCCCUAAAAUCUGUGGAUUCUCUCCCACUGGAUGUGGAGACCUCCUCCUCCUCCUCAGCACUGGUUGGGUAUGCAUUAUGAAGAGGGAUGGCUGUCUUCGCAACAUAUACAAACUUCCUGAUAAUUGCCUAAGUGCUAGUGGGACCCAAAACAGUCUGAAUAUGUAUAGUGAAGUCCUGGCACUAACAAUAGGCAGGACCCUCUUCUUAAUUGACACCAAAUGUGGCCUGGAAUUAGAAAGAAUAAGUCUGAAAACCGAAGGUCUUCUCUUUGUAAACUCUUUGGACAGUCACUCUCCGCAAAUGCUGUCAGAGACCGGGUUGUUUGUGGUCACGCAAACACAGAAGCCUUCUCCGACAUAUUCAGAAGACUCAAGUGCACUCUUGGUUGAGGCUGUUUUCGAGGAGGCGUGUAAAUACUAUCAGCAAAGAAGUCUAAGUAGCACACAGCUCACGGUGGAGAAGCUCAAAAAAGGUGGGAUGUUUCAAGCUCCCAUAUCGCUGGCUGCCAUCCUCCGAGAUUACCUCAGCAACCAGAAGACCAAAACUGGUGAGAAACAUUCCUCGGGUCAAGAAAGGCUCAUGAGCUCGCUCGAAUCAGAACUUAGGAGUCUCGUUUUGCUAGAGAACAUCAAAACGUCAAUGGUGAAGGCUUCUGAGAAAGAUCUAGCGAACUAUUGUGAAACCUUGGUGCAGCAGGAGAUCUGCCGGCUGCUUGGCGGUGAACUUGAGAAGGAAAAUCUUCGAUACCUGAACAGCAUCUUCCAACUCUUUCCCACUCAUUCCUGGCACGCCGUGCAAGCGGUUCUGCAUCUGAGGUGCAACGGUGAGGGAUCAUUGUCUUCUAAAGCUCCUGCUGAAUUGUGGAAAAUCAUCCUCAGCCCUGUGCAACCCACAGCGAACUUUGCUCACUGCAACGGUCAGCAGAAACACACUACAGUGAACCUGCCUGUUUUUGAGCUCUUGUGCCACUCCAUCUUCAAAUUCCAGCCCAGCUGGCUCCCCAGGUUUCUGGAAUUGGCACAACAGCAGAUGGGCACAACCUCCACAUCUUCCUGGAGUUACGGUGUGAAGGAGAGCUCUGAGAGUUUGCCGCUCUAUAAACGGGCCCUGACUGUGCUCCCUUGCAAAGGGUCCAACCAACACCUGGAAGUGGAGCUGCUUUUGUGCAGCGAGAGGCCUAAAGCGAUAAUGCAAGCAUUGCGGAUUCUCAUCGAACAAAGCCAGUGGGAACGGGUGACACAAGUUGCUGAGAGGUUCUGCCAGAAGAGCCCGCUUCUGAACAAAGAGAUUUUCAGCGCUCUGCUGUGCGAAGUGUCACAGCAUAGAGACCUGGACCCUUAUUUGGACCUGCUCUGGACUCUUUGUCCAGAGGACAUGACUGUGACGAGCAUACUCAAUAUUGUACUGAAAAACCUGCCGGAUUCGACGCAGAACUCGGGACCGUUCGAAGCUCACGGCAGCCAGGUCACCAUUGGGCUUUUGAAACCGCUUCUCAGAAAAGUUCUCCAAAGGGAGACCAAACCCAGCCACAGGUACGCAGAUAUUCUUCAGUCACCCACAGUUCCUCCUCUCACGCCUCCACGCCAGCCAAAGGGACUCUCCAGAGAUGCCGAACACAAGGAAGCCAAGCAGAGGACUUCCUCUUGAUCUCAAGUGACAUUUAGAGGCAGCCUGGUCUGACUAAUCAUCUAAAACCUUUCCAUAGACUGUUAUUAAAUAUCAUCCCAAAAUGAAAUCGCCUUCAUGUUGUUUCUAAACAUGUAUGACUUUCUUUCUUCUGUAAAUAACAAAAGAAGGUGUUUUGAAGAACUUUUUGUCCAUACAAUGAAAGUCAAUGGGGUCCAAAAGAAACUUUGGACCAUAUUCACUUUCUCUGUAUUGACAAAAAAAAAAAAAAAAACACUUGUUUUGUGUUUUACAGAAGAUAUAAAGUUCAACAGGUUUGGAUAGACAUGAUAGUGAGUAAAUGAUGACAAAAUGGUCAUAUUUGGCUGAACUGUACCUUUAAGAAUUAAGUACCUUGCAUGGUCUAAACAGAAUUAUGGCGCUUCUUCAUAUCAGAUCAUAUUUCAUUAAUCAUAACAAUUGUGUAGUAUUUACUGCAAUUCAUAGAUGUUUAACUAUUGCUUUAAUUAUUCCUGAUAUUGAAUGUAAUAUGCUGUUUUUAUGUAUGCUGAAUUUCAUCUUACAUUUCUUUUGUGUUUUUUAAACAGUAUUUUUCUUUUUCAUAACCUUCAGAUGUGACGUUUUUAUGAGUCAUCACAUGAAGGCAUGCUGUUACCCUGAUCCUUUUGGAGAUGACUAAGCAUUAUUCACAUUUCAUGCUCCAGAUAAUUUAUUUUAUAAACCCCUAGCAUAACAAUAUAUUUUUGUUUCUACUGACACUACAGUUUGUCAUCAUAUGCUAGUGUGAUUAUUAUUUUAUGAAAAUCGCAUGUGGAAGACCUAAGCUAAGAAUUGUUUUAGUCAUUAAUAAAAGUGUACAGUAAUAUAAAAUGUAAUGUGCAUGAUCCAGAUUUUUCAGGAUUGCUCUUGUAUUUAUUGCUACCACAGGGAUUUUAUCAUUGUAGGAUGCAAUUAAAUAUGACACAUGUAUUGCUGCCA